GAAAUCACCGAAGAGGUUGUAGCAUAUGCAAGGUAUGGCGAACUUUCUGAGUUGCAGCUCAUAAUGAAAUCAUAUCCUGUUACAUAUCUUUCUUCGAGAGACGCCUCUGGAAACACAGCAUUACACAUGGCAAACAUUGUAGAGUAUAUAAUACAAACAUCAGGAACUUUGGGAAAUGAUGUGGUGAACGCGCAAAAUGAAUUGGGAAAUACGCCACUACAUUGGAGCGCAUUGAAUGGUCAUAUCGAAGUAGUCACUUUAUUGAUAUCAAAUGGAGCUGAUGUAAAGAUUAAAAAUAAAGCGGGAAGAACAGCAAUGUAUGAAGCCCAACAGAAUAAUCAUGAGAAAGUGGUGGAAUACUUAUUAUCUAAAUUGGAACCUGAAAAAGAACCAAAUGAAGAGUCAAAUAUAGAAGAUGUUAAUUGA